AUGUCUGAAAACAGCAAGAAAAACAACACUCCCCAAGCUUCAGGCCGGCGUCGGUCGUCGGUGGUGCCUCCUAGCCUCCAGUUCCUCGUGGAUCAGGAUCCGCAGCAGGACAGAGAUGGACCUGCGCAAUGGGAGAAAUCAUGGGAUCAGACAACCAACAACCGGGAGCUCUCCGACUUCCUGGAACGAGUCUCUUCGAGGAAUCUCCUGGAUUCUACUCGCUACACGGGCGGAAAGAUUCGAAAAGGGUCCUAG